GUCUAGAGAGAUCCCGAAAGUUGACCCAGACGUCAUUGCAUGUUUACAUCAACAACGACUAGACGUGGAAAAAUACCUUUUAGAGGUUAAGGAACUGAUUUUCAGCAAGAGACGUGAAACCGGGCCACAAAGACAACGUACCUGGUACUUACUAGACAUACACCAUGGAAGUGGAUACGAAUGAGCAGAAACAACAGUUGCGGUACUGUGACACAACGAAGAUUGACGCCCCCCGUACGCUGGAGGACCUGAUAAACAAACUACACAAGGUGUUCGAGGAUGACGAGGUCAACGUGGAAUACGUACAAAAACUGAUGACGUCAUAUGAGAGCAACCGCACUGACUGGAAAAAGUUCGCCAAAUUUGACCGUCACAGAUACACACGGAACCUCGUGGACGAAGGCAACGGAAAGUUUAACCUGAUGUUGUUAUGCUGGAACGAGUCCCAGGGAAGCAGUAUACACUCUCACGCAAACUCCCAUUGUUUUAUGAAGGUCCUGGAUGGUAGUGUCCAGGAGCAACGCUUCGAGUGGCCAAAUCAGUCCUCUGAUGAGCAGACGCAGAUGAAAUACAUUGAGACACAAAAGUUCAAGAAAAAUGAGACAGCCUACAUCUGUGACGAGCUUGGACUACACCGAGUAGAGAACCCGAGUCACUCGGACAAAGCUGUGACCCUCCACCUCUACAGUCCAGCGUUUGAUGAGUGUCAGUGUUUUGAUGAGAAGACUGGACAUAGUACCUCUUCCACGGUCACCUUCUGGAGCAAGUUUGGGGAACGCACCCCCUACGGCAAAUGUUGUGCACCAGUUGAUAUGAAAUGUGCUGAAAACAAUUAAAGAUAACACCUGGCUGACAAAUGUCCUACUGAAGAAUCAAGAACAUCCCUUGGGUGUGCAGAACCCUGGGGAAUGGGGCAGUCUGAGAGAAUAAUGGGUGAUAGAUGGACUAUGAAACUCCAAACGGCGAGACUUAAAGUUAUACUGGCCAAUACGCAUACUGCACAACAUGCUGGAUUUCCAUAUCACUUGCAUGUUUUCCCAUUUUGGGUUUUCAUCUUGCCUGCAUGUUUUCCCAUUUUGGGUUUUCAUCUUGCCUGCAUGUUUUCACAUGUUGGAUUCUCAUCUUGCCUGCAUGUUUUCACAUGUUGGAUUCUCAUCUUGUCGGUAUUGUUUCCCAUGUUGGAUACUCAUCUUGUCGGUAUUGUUUCACAUGUUGGAUUCCCAUCUCACAUGUUUUCAUUUGUUGUAUUCCAUUAGGUAUGAUUAUCAUUUCACCCUCAAAAUACCGAAAAUAUCUUAAAAUUUAAAGGAAGUUUGAUACUCAAUAUGUUAAAAAAGUGGGCAUUUAUUAAAUGAGGAGGAUUUGUAAUUGUUUGAAUGACCUCAAAUAUACAUAUCAUAGUGUAUGUCUAGUAACUACCUAGUACAUGUACACGCUAUGCUAUCACUGAUGGCUUGACAUGUUUU